AUGGCCCCGGGGGCGCCUCGGGGGCCUCGGGGGCGUCCGGGGGCCUGGCUGCUGCUGCUGGGGCUGGGGCUGCUGGGGCUGGCGGCGCUGGGGCUGCCCUUGGCCUCGGCCCGCUCCUCCCCGGGACCCUCGGGCCCCUCGGCCUCCUCCUGCUCCUCCUGCGCCUUCCGACGGCGAGCGGCGCCGGCCUCGGCCUCCUCCCCGCUCCAGGAAGAGCAGCCGGGGGAGAAGGGCCCUGCAUCGCCGGCGGAGGAGGAGGAGGAGGAGGAGGAGGGCGGCAGGCCCGGCGCCCAGGGCCCCGAGGGGGAGUUCGUGGAGGCCGUCAAGCGGCACAUCCUGAGCCGGCUGCAGCUGCGGGAGAGGCCCAACAUCACCCACGCCGUCCCCCGGGCCGCCCUGGUCACCGCCCUCCGCAAGCUCCACGCCGGGAGGCUCCGCCAGGACGGCCGCCUGGAGAUCCCUAGCCUCGACGGGCAGCCCAGCCACGCCGGCCCCGGAGAGGGGCCCCCCGGGACACAGAGGGACCUCGCCGACGCCACCGGAGCCGCCUCCGAGAUCAUCAGCUUCGCCGAGACAGAUGACCUGGCCUCCUCCAGAAUGCGUCUUUAUUUCUUCAUUUCCAAUGAAGGGAAUCAGAAUUUGUUUGUGGUUCAAGCCAGCCUGUGGCUUUACUUGAAGCUGCUUCCAUAUGUCUUGGAGAAAGGCAGCCGGCGAAAAGUAAGAGUCAAAGUGUAUUUCCAAGACUCGGACACUAGCAACAAGUGGAAUGUGGUUGAAAAGAAAGUUGAUUUGAAAAGAAGUGGCUGGCACACAUUUCCCAUGACAGAAGCAAUCCAGGCUCUGUUUGAGAAAGGGGAGAGAAGACUGAACUUGGAUAUUCAGUGUGAGGCCUGCGAAGAGUAUUCAGUGCUGCCAAUUUACGUGGACCCUGGGGAUGAAUCUCACAGGCCCUUUCUAGUUGUGCAAGCCCGGCUGGCUGACAACAAGCACAGAAUUCGGAAAAGAGGCUUGGAGUGUGAUGGCAGGACCAAUUUAUGUUGCAGGCAACAGUUUUACAUUGACUUUAGACUCAUUGGGUGGAAUGACUGGAUCAUAGCGCCUUUGGGUUACUAUGGGAAUUACUGUGAAGGGAGCUGCCCGUCCUACUUGGCCGGCGUCCCAGGCUCUGCUUCCUCUUUUCAUACCGCAGUAGUGAAUCAGUACCGCAUGCGAGGGCUCAACCCAGGGACCGUGAACUCCUGCUGCAUCCCAACCAAACUUAGCACAAUGUCCAUGCUGUACUUUGACGAUGAAUACAACAUCGUGAAGAGGGACGUCCCCAAUAUGAUUGUGGAAGAAUGUGGCUGUGCCUGACUUGGAGGGGUGUGCGUUGGAAAGGGGAGGGGACUGGGAGGGGGGUGAGAGAAGAUUCCAAAACUGAAUGGAAACAGAGGGUGUUUUUGCUGUAUUUCUUCCUUCCAGGCAUGGAAGGGAUGUUAAAGGCAAUGGCAACAGCAGCAGCAACAACAACUACUACAACAACAAAGAUGUAUACCAUUUCACUCUGUUGUCAGACAGUGGUGGUUUGUGGAUCUUGGACACGAAAAUAGCUACCACUUAUAAACUAAUGCUAUGAAGUACCUUAUAUCCCACCCACACACCCAAGCACAUGUACACAUAGCAACACGCACACGCAAGUUGCAUGAUUCACCUGGGAGGAGGGAAGCAAGUGGCCGCAAGUGAGUGUAAAUUUGUUCCAGUGAGACACAUGGAUGGCCCACUAGCCAUUUUCCUUCUGUAAGCCAGCUGUGGAUUCUGAAUGAAACCAGUGGGAAGCACAAGAAAAGAAAACUGUUUAAUAUAUUCUCAUACACAGGUAUUUAAAUGACCAAACGUACAAAUGACCACCAUCACCUCUAAGGUCUAAAAAAAAGGAAGAAGGAAGUAGCAGGUUACCUGAUUAUGGCAAGACUGGCCCUUCCUCUUGAUGUUAAACAUAAUGUACAUAUAUAUAUUAUGAUAAAAGAAUCACAAAUGGCCUAUAGCACUUCCAGGGUAGAAUGUUGAUGGAAGCAGAGGAAAAAAAAAAAAAAGAGAGAGAGAGAGAGAGGUUGAAAGAUGUUGUGAUCUUAAUAUAAAAUGGUUGUUGUAUUUCUUCUGAAUGAUAUGUUGGCAUGAUUUCAUGCUUUAAUGGACCAUUAGAUGCUCCUAUACCUGCCCCAUGUGGACUGUUAUUGUAGUUUCAGCCAUCUGUAAAGGGCUUGUUUCCCCCCAAUCCACCCUCUUGGUCCCUGUUUUGCUUACUGUGGUUAUAAACAGUCUUCAUGUUCUCAGAAACAUUGGCAAUAUCAAAAGUUGCCAUUAGUGUUCCACGGCAGGGGAACAUCAGAGCCCCUUUGGAGCUGUUGGGAAGGAGGAAAGGGAGACAAGACACCAGCGACAGCACAAAUCCAUUGAUGAGCCCUAAAAAGAAAUUGCAGUCAGGCAGUGAAUUACCUUGGCUCAGGGGAGGGAGAUGCAGCGCACCUAAGGAGCACCUAACCAAUCUUGGGGAGAGAGAAAGAGAUUGUAUGUAAGAGAAGACGGUUUUUGUUUUGUUUUCCCAGUUCCCUUCCCAGAAUAUGUCAAGGAUGGCUGCAGAGCUCAAACAGCCCCCUACCCCCACAUGCUAUAGCAUAACACUCAUAAACUGCUUGAACGCACGUUAUUAUAGCACUUGCAGAUUUCUAUGCCUUGAAUGAUUGGUACUUGAUGGUGCACUUCUCCUUGCUCACUGUCUCUAGGUUAAAAACAAGUGCCGCAUGAGCUAUGCAAUUUAAAGUGUUGACCCAUACUAGAUGAAACUGGACUGAAAUGAGAUGGUACUUUUUAUAUUUUUUUUAUACUUGAAAUUAAAUCUUUUGCUUCUUUUUUUUAAAAAAGCGAAUGAUUGCUUUUCAUGUUUGCACUGAUGUAGUUGCAUGACUUAGUCAAGAGAAACUGCCAUUUGAAAAAAAAAGGUUAUUUUUAUAGCAGCAAAAAAAAGUGAUAAUAAUGAAUACAGUGAAAUGUAUUAUACAUAAAAUUUUGGAACCAAAGAGGCCAGCAUAUUAAUUGUAAUUUUUAUCAGAUGGCAAGGCCAUCAUAUAUCUAUAUAUCAUGUAAUGAUACUGAACACUCUCCUGUGAGGCCUAACAGUUCUUUUUCAGGGUGAAAAAUGGAUUCCAUUGUGUUUGGUCAGUGUCUUUUCUAUGCCAUCAUACGUAGUGGACAUUAUAAGAUGUACAUCCUUUAAGAGAAAGAAGGAAAGAAAAACCCAAUUGUUGUUUGUUUAAUAAAGUCCCUUGUAGGUUCUGUUCCAUAAUAAUUUAAAUACCAAACAACUUUCACUUAGAUUUGCUGUCGGAAUAUUUUACAUUUGUGUACAGUUUAAGUAAAUA